UUUGCUGAUGCAAAAAUGCAUGAGUGGGUACAACAAAAUGUGGACAAAAGUGGUUAUAAGAAGCCUACACCUGUUCAGAAAUAUUCUAUUCCUACACUUCUUGGUAACCGUGACCUCAUGUCAUGCGCUCAGACUGGGUCUGGGAAGACUGCCGCAUUCCUUCUCCCAAUUAUACAUCAUAUUCUUGUAAAUGGCCCUGAAGCGAUUCGACCUUCAUCCAUGUCAAAUUCUGGUCGACGAACAUUCUAUCCUGCUGCCCUUGUACUUGCUCCUACUAGAGAGUUGGCAAUACAAAUACACAAGGAAGCUGCAAAGUUUAGCUAUCGUACAAAUAUCAUCACUGCAAUUUUGUAUGGCGGUCGUGAAAAUUAUCGCGAGCAAAUCAACCGUCUGCGCGGAGGAUGUCACAUCCUCAUCGCCACGCCUGGCAAGAAAUUGUUCCCUUUUUCUCCUGGCUACAUUGGCUUAGCUGGAUGCCGUUACUUAGUGUUAGAUGAAGCAGAUCGUAUGCUAGACAUGGGUUUUGAACCCCAGAUACGGAAAAUUGUCAGUCAAGGCAUGCCGCCAAAAUCGGAGCGUACUACUGCCAUGUUCAGCGCCACUUUUCCCAAACAAAUUCAGACGCUCGCACAAGACUUCCUCAAGCCUAACUACGUGUUCUUAGCUGUAGGACGAGUAGGCUCUACCUCAGAGAAUAUAGAUCAGCAAGUUUUGUUAGUGGAGGAGUUCGACAAACGCAAGAUGCUAAUGAAUAUUUUGUCUAGAGAGGAAAAUGAUUCACUGGUGCUUGUAUUUGUUGAAACCAAACGUGGAGCAAACGAAUUAGCGUAUGCUCUUCAACGGCAGCAGAUCAAGAAUGGAACAAACCCCGUACUUGUUGCUACAGCGGUCGCAGCGCGUGGUUUGGACAUUCCAAACGUCCGGCACGUUGUCAACUAUGAUCUCCCGGGUGAUAUUGACGAAUAUGUGCAUCGUAUCGGAAGGACGGGCCGCUGCGGAAAUACUGGACGAGCUACAAGCUUUUUCACAGAGAAGAAUCGUGCUCUUGCUCGGGACUUGUCCCAGUUGCUCAGUGAAGCAAACAAGGAGGUACCCGAUUUUCUUCUGCGAAUGGCUGCUGAAGGAAGAUCGCAAGGCAACGGUAGAUCGGUCAACCGCCGCUUUGGUGGAUCAGAUCAGAGGCGGGGCGGAGGUACAGGAGGCAAUCGUGGAGGGUUCACGUACGUCCACUGCACUUUUCAUUUGUCUUCAAGACCUUCCAGAUGGUGCUUUUGCAGCGGACCCCCUGUGGUUCCACCAGCUAUGCAGAAUGGCUUUACACCAAAUUUCACAGUGGGUGCGAUGAACGGUUUUGCUCAGCCUCCAAGAGGUUAUCCUCCGCAACAGAAUGGAUUUUCACCACAGAGUCGUUUUCCUCCUUCAUUCCCCCGUGGAGCUGGUGCUCCAUUCAACAGUGUUCCUCCUGUAGGAUUCGGACAGCCUGGCUUUAGCGCAAUGAUGGCUCGAGGUGGCUUCCAGCCUGCGAAUGGAUUUGUUCCUCCAGGCCCUCCUCCACCAGGAGCCCCCUCGUUCCAGCAACAACCCCCAUUUGCGAACGGCCGUGGAUUCGAGCUUUAA